CCUUUGCGACCGUGUGCGAUACUAUUUUUUGUAAUUUUUACCUGGUAAAAGCAACUGACCACAAGCGGUGAAAUCUGUCUGCGAAGCCACUAUGGACGUCCUAUCGAGACCAGCUGAGGAAUUCGGCAACGACGGUACCGUCGAGGAGCUGUGGGCCAUGAAGGCGGUCGAGCAUGCGGAGGUUUACUUUAACCUGCUGUGCAGUGUCGAUCCCCGCCAGCUUCAUCUAACGCCGUACGACAAUGAAAUUUACGACGAAUUUCGGCGCCAGUUUCCGGACAUGAACGUGGCGGUAGUGAACGAAAACGAACUGAAAAGUACGGAGGGCAAAACCAAGUGGCGAACGUACAUGGAGAAGUUCAACCGAUUGGAGGACUACAGCUACGGGACCCUGCUGCGAGCCGAUGCCAGCGAGGAAUUUCAACCUGGUAAUGCGAUUCUUGUGGUUCGCAUCCAAUUUUGGGCAAUAGAGAUUGCGCGGAAUCGGGAAGGACACAACGAUAGCAUACGCGACAGCUUUCGAGGGCGAAGUAAAAAGAUGGAAUAA